CGAUUAACAUCCGGUUUAUUCAGGUUCAACGCCGAAAUCAAAAUAUUUCCAUAGACGUUAUGAACCUCAACCCGAGUUGAUCUCUUAUUAAAGCUUAUUUUUUUAGGUCGUUAUAUCAAGCCAGAUGGCUGCUUUACCUCCGGGUGACCCUCAGCUGGUCGCCAUGAUCGUAAAUCAUUUAAAAACCCAGGGACUUUUUGACCAGUUCAGGAGAGACUGUUUAGCGGAUGUCGAUACAAAGCCUGCGUACCUUCACCUGAGACAACGAGUGGACAACUUUGUGUCUAAUCACCUGUCUAACCACACAUGGAGUCCUCAACUCAACAAGAACCAGCUGAGGAACAGCAUCAGGCAACUUGUGCUGCAGUCAGGUUUGCUGGAGCAGGGAGUAGAUCGUAUCGUCGCGCAGGUCGUCGACCCCAAAGUUCAGCACAUCUUUCGGCCACAGGUAGAACAUGUCGUCCGUCAGUUCCUGUCUCCCGGCAACCACCUGGAGGAGGAGCCUGUGCACGGCCUUGCACAGGUGAUGGAAAACCAGGAAGCUCAGCUGCUCUCUCCGGCGAUCACCCCGGCUCCAGCCUCAGACUUCACCCCUGGUCAGAGCCACGAUCCAUCUUUUAUAAAGCCAUAUGAUGGAGGAGAGGAAGACAUGAGCCUUGUAGAGGAGGAUGAGAAGGAAGGCGAGAGGACAAAAGAGGAGGAGGAACAGGAAGUUAAGUUUGUAGGCGAUGAAGAUGAGGCAAGCAAAGAGCGAGUGAAGGAGGAGGAGAGCCAGGAAGAGACAGAGAUGGAGGUGGAUCAAGAGAGGGAGAAGCAGAAGGAGGUGAAGAAAGAGCAAGAGGAAGAAAUGCGAGAGGAGGAGGAGGAGGAGAAGGAAAAGAAGGGAGAGGACAAAGAAAGGAAAGGAGAGGACGGGAAGGAUAAGAAAGGGUCGGGGAAGAACAGGGAGGAGAGCGGCACAGACAAGCUGCACAUUCGACAGAAAGCAAGAGAACGACUAAAAGAAGAAUACUCUCUGGAGGACUCCGAUCUGGAGGGGUUGAGCGACAUCACGGUGAGUUCAGUCCACACAAGCGACCUUUCAUCUUUCGACGACGAAAGCGAGGACGAGGAACCACCUUCCGAAUCCACCGAGGAAGGAGAGAUCACCUCAGAAGAUGACAAGGUUCAGAAGAAAGCUACAGGAGAGGAAUCUGACGAGAAUAAGGAGAAAAAACCCCGGGGUUCACGUCAGGGCUACAUUCACAAGCCUUUCCUUUACUCCCGUUACUACAGCGACUCCGACGACGAGGUUACAGUGGAGCAGCGGCGCCGUUCUGCUGCAAAAGACAAAGAAGAAAGACUUCUGAAGCGACAGCAGAACCGCGAGCGUUUUGAGGAAAAAAGAAGACAGAAGGCAGUUCAGGCAGAACUACAUGAAAAGGAAAAGCUGGAGGUUCAGAGACCUCAAGCGAAAGAAGCACGGAAAGAGAAGAAAGUUCUGGAAAAGAAAGUGGCACUCAGCAGAAAGAGGAAGCGAGACUCACGAAAAGAGGAGGACAGAGGCAGCAAGAAGAAGAGCGACGGAGAUCCUGAAUCCGUAAAGAAAGACGAUGCAACGAAGCCUAAAUCAAUCCCACUGAAGCCUGUUAAGAAGCUGUCCGAGGAGGAGCAGCGGAGGAGGAAGAGCUUUUCAGAGGAUUCGUGCGAGCCACGCAAAAUCCUCGACAGAAACCGUACGCACUCGUUCAUCCUGGACCUGGAGCUGGGUACCGAGGAGGCACUCAGACAGCGAGGUGGUGGGAAGAACGAGCGACACGCUCGCAGAGAGAAAGAACGAAAAGAGAACGAGAAAGAGCGUGGCGUGUCGGAUGAGAGAGCCAGGUACAAACAGAAAGCAGAAAGUAAGAAAGGAGGCGAUUCUGCGGCAGAGGAGAAGGAGGGAGUCGUAUCGAAAGGUACAGCCGAAGACAAAGCGGAGAAAAAAGGGUCGAAGGUUAAAGGGGACAAGAAGAGCUCAGUGCCAGCAAGGGAGGGUAGGCUGUUUGUGACCGAGGGAUCAGCCCCAGAGGAGGGAACAGCCAAGGAUUUGAAAAAAGAAAAGAUUCCCUCAGAGACUACGAAAGAAAAAAUAAAAGGAGUGAAAUCACUGGGCAUCAAGACUGACUCCAAACAGCAGCAUCGUCUGGAUCCCACUGUUCCCAUAGAGGAGAGGUCUGAGGCUGAGGCUGCUUCUGAUUUCAACAGGAAGAAAGACAAGCAAGCUAAAGAUGUUUUGAAAAGGUCAAAAAGCCACCCAGAGGUUAAAUCUCUUGACAAGGUCAGUGCCAGGCAAGAUGGCAAAGAUGUAGGUGCUGGUAGAAAAGACAAGAGCUCCACCUCCGAGGCUCCCAAACAUAGCUCAGACACAAAGAUCAAGAAUUCAGAGACGGGUCCGAAGGUGAAAACUGCGUCAGAAAAAACAAGAUCCAAGUCCAGAGACGACUUGAAACCUCAGAGUCCGUUAUUGACCAAGACCGACAAGAAAAGCCAAGGUCAGGAAGCCAAGGAUAAAGCAGGAAUGGCUCCUUGCAAGACAGAGUUCUCCAAGGAGAAGAAAAAGGAGGGAGCGAUGAAAGAGUACAGGAGAGUCUCAGAAGAUCGUGUUGAGAAAGGGAAGGAUGCCAAGAGCACAAAGAAAGCGAGUGAGAAGAAGACAAAAGAGAACAAUGAGAACGAAAAAAGAAUCUCAGAAGCAGAUGACCUUUCAUCCAGUUCCUCCGUCCCAUCAGCAGUAGCCGAAGAGGUACAGAACGGAGAUGAAAUUGCUUCUCAGCCUUCAGGCACUCAAGCGCAACAAGUUUCAGAGUCCCUCACAACAUCUGAUCUUACAACUCAACAAGACUCGGAUUCUCUUGGUGAAUCAGAGCUCAAAACCCCACAGGUCUUGGAGUCCCUUACAGAGACUCCCGUCUCAACAGCACAGGGCAUAGAUUCGGCUGUAGAGUCUAAUUCCACAGACCAAUCCAACUCGGAGACUCUUAGAAGGUCUGACCUUACUUCAGACUCACAAGCUAUGGAUACUGGGUCUGAUCUUGCAGCCUUACAAUCCGCAGAUGUGGAGAUUAAUCUUAAAGCCCCACAAACCAUGGAUACGGAACCUGGACCUUCAAAAUCACAAGCCAAAGAUACAGAGUCUGAUCUCGCAUCUCCACGUGCCAGUGCUGCAAAAUCUGAUCUCGCAUCACCACCUGUCUGCGAUGUUCCAAAGGAAUCUCCUGAAGAAUUACAAAGUGAACCUACAGAGUCUGGUUUUGCCACUACACCUUUACAACAAUCCUCAGUUUCUGCUCUUACAGUCCAUCAUACUGAAACAUCAGACGUAAAAGCAAAGACUGAUCUUGCAACCCUUCAGUCCUCGGACUCAACCCCAGCAUCCCUUCUCAAGGUCCCUGAGUCCUCGGACUCCAUCCCCGAGUCUGAUCUCGCUGUUGCCCGGCAAGUUUUUCAGGGUCCAGGUGUGCUUCCUAAUCCGGUUCCUGCUGAUGCUAACAACACCUCCGUCCCAGACGACAUGUACGAUGCCCUGAGUGACAUCACACCAGAUCCUGACGACGACGAGGAGGCCGCCAUGAGACUGGCCGAGAGCCGGCCUCAGCCCCGUCCCAUCCCUGCCGAGGCUGACGCCCUCCUUUCCUUGAUGGAUGUCUGUACGUCUGCAGCUGCACGUACCACCGCCAUCGUUGUGUCUGAUGCACAGGAAGCUGAGAGUUCAUUCCGGGAUGCAGAUAUAAAGAUGAAGGAAGCGGCGCUCACAUUGCUUUCCAUGGAUCCAGAUCAGGCGGUUUUGCAAAGUUUUGUCGCUGAAGAUUCACAUGUUUCUGAGCAGCCAAUGGAGUCUUUGGCAUCAGAUCCGGUUGAUGUGACAAGUGCAAAAGAACCUUCUAAAGAAGCUGCAGAUGAGUCUGAAAGCGAAUCUUCUCCACGUGACUCAGAGGCAGGAGACAAUCACACUGAAGCUUUAGCCAACACAGCCAUUGUAUUAAAACCCACAGACACGGUGUCAGAGGCCGCAACAUCUGAGAUCCUCAAAGACGAAACUGAAUCAAAAGCGAUGUCUGACGUUUGUAAACCAGAAAUCUCUGCUAUCGAUGAACCAGCUGGAGAAUCCACUGAGAUCGAUGCCUGCCCAAUACAUACACACAGUUUGAGUGAGCACAUGCAUACAGCUGAGGCCACAAAGAGUGAAGCAGAGAACGCUGUGCGAGAGGUUCAGGUACAGGUGGCAGAGGCACAGGUGGCAGAGGCACAUGUGGCACAUGCACACGUGGCAGAGGCUCAGGAGGCACAGGCGCACGUGGCAGAGGCUCAGGAGGCACAGGCGCACGUGGCAGAGGCUCAGGAGGCACAGGCGCACGUGGCAGAGGCUCAGGAGUCCCAGGCUCAGGGGUCCCAGGCUCAGGGGUCCCAGGCUCAGGGGUCCCAGGCUCAGGAGUCCCAGGCUCAGGAGUCCCAGGCUCAGGAGUCCCAGGCUCAGGAGUCCCAGGCUCAGGAGUCCCAGGCUCAGGAGUCCCAGGCUCAGGAGUCCCAGGCUCAGGAGUCCCAGGCUCAGGAGUCCCAGGCUCAGGAGUCCCAGGCUCAGGAGUCCCAGGCUCAGGAGUCCCAGGCUCAGGAGUCCCAGGCUCAGGAGUCCCAGGCUCAGGAGUCCCAGGCUCAGGAGUCCCAGGCUCAGGAGUCCCAGGCUCAGGAGUCCCAGGCUCAGGAGUCCCAGGCUCAGGAGUCCAUGGCUCAGGAGUCCCAGGCUCAGGAGUCCCAGGCUCAGGAGUCCCAGGCUCAGGAGUCCCAGGCUCAGGAGUCCCAGGCUCAGGAGUCCCAGGCUCAGGAGUCCCAGGCUCAGGAGUCCCAGGCUCAGGAGUCCCAGGCUCAGGAGUCCCAGGCUCAGGAGUCCCAGGCUCAGGAGUCCCAGGCUCAGGAGUCCCAGGCUCAGGAGUCCCAGGCUCAGGAGUCCCAGGCUCAGGAGUCCCAGGCUCAGGAGUCCCAGGCUCAGGAGUCCCAGCCAGAGAUACCAGAGGUUCAAUUGCAGGAGGCAAAAACUCAGGAGUCCCAGAUACAGGCACAGGAACCUCAGACACAUGAGGCACAGGAAAUGCAGAAGUCCCAGGUACAGGAGACACGGGCAGAGGAGCUGCAAGUUCAGCAGAAGCAGAGUCCAGCGGAGAAGGAGAUACAAACUCAGGAGACACAAGUGCAAGACGUGGUAGAGGUGCAGGAGGCACAGGUGGAGGGGGCCAAGGCACAAGAAGCUAAUUCGCCAGAUUCCCAGACACAGGAGGAAAAUGCACCUGAUGCUCAGGUGACAAGUGUGCCGGAAGUGCAAUCCCAGGAGGCACCGACACCCCCAGCACGGAGAGGCCGACGUCCUAAAUUGGUUAAACAAGCCAGUAGCACAUCAAAGUCAGACGGACAAGAAGAGGACAAAUCUGAUGUGUCCGAAGUGGAUGAUCGGCUAGACGGCAGAGCGACCCGUAAAGGACGACGGUCCAAUCAGAGAGCAGCGUCCACCAAGGAAACUGCAUCGAAAGCUCAAACCAGUCAGAAGGCCAAAGACACGGAGGCUAGCAAACAAUCACCGAAAAAUAGUGAGGAUGAGGAGGUUGAAGAAGGAGGCAGAACAACACAGCAAAGAUCAUCUAAGCUCCCAGACUCUUCAGAGAAAGAAGCCUCAUCCAAGCCUGAAGAAGCUGAGCCAACUGAAGAGGAAGUGGAGCAAAAAGAGGUGCGUAAAAGAAGGCGUUCUGGAGCUCAGACAGCCGCUGUUGCAAAACCAGCACUGAGAAGAAAGAGGUCUGACCAAGCAGAGGAUCUGGAGAAAGUGGGAAACGAAACUGCAGCUGAGGAGAGAGACGAGGAGCCUGUGAAAAGAGCACGGCAAGAUAGUGAGAGUGUGACUGAGGAAGAAGAGGAAGGAAAUGAAGAGAAAAAGGAAGACGACAGAGACACAGAGAGCUCUAAAGAUAAGGCUGAGGACGAGGAACCCGUGAGAAAGACUCCACGCCGAGGACGAUCCUCAAAAAACACUCCUAACACGGAUGACCCGGCAGCUUCAGAGAAGAAAGAAGGAGAGACCGAAACUGGAGAUGACGACGAAAAACAAGAAGAGGAGGAAACCAAAAUUAGGGCCACAACACGUUCUGCAUCUCGGCUGGAGGCUGAAAAAAAUAAGCUAAAUAAGCCAUCGACCAGAGCAGUGAGCAAACUGAGUGGGAAAGAAGAGAGCUCUCCAAACACACGUUCCUCUCGGUCUCAGAGUGCUACUGCAGUGAAGGGCCGUAAGGGCGAGUCAAGUUCUCCGACACCUCGGACCCGCGCCGGCAACAAAUCUGAAGAACCACCCUCAAAGAGAACCAAACGAUGAUGUAAAUUUGUGUAUAUUAUGUGUGUAUGUGGGUGUGUGUGUAUGUGUGUGUGUGUGUGUAGCCCAGUCAGCUUUAUGUUAAUGAUGUAUUCCUUGUUUGGUGCAAACAGAGUAGCUUUGUGUGGCUCUUUCACUGUAAUGACAUGGUCGUUUAACGUGAUCACACCCAGCUGCAGAUGUCAGAAGGAGAUGUGUGUAUAACCUCACAGACACACUCCUGCUGACCAGCUUUAUGCUCUCAGGAUUGUGACCAAGCAGUAAGUUUUAGAACCAGCGUUUUUAAUGCUGUCAUGUCUGUCUAUUUGUCUUCUUGUGUACAAUAUAUCUCCAAGUCUACACAACAUUUUGAUCUCUAAAUAUAUUUUCAGAAAGUUGGGGACAAAACCACAUUCAGCUUACUUCCAAUACAAUCCCAAAGAGUUCUAGUGUGCAUCUGCAGAAAGUCCUAGAUCUGAAACAUGUCAUGUUUUCUCUACAGGACGCAGCGUGUUUUGUUUUGUCAUUCCAACAGUACUGUUUCCUGUUGGGAAACAUGAAAAGCUCAUGUUCUAGAACUCUCUAUGAUGCACUCGCCGGUGUAUAUUUCAGUAAGCACCACCCUGGGUUUCACUAGAGUUCUAAAUAGUCUCGGUGGAAACGUGAGAAUCAAAUUCCGUCCGUAGCCAUACUGGUGGGGAAAUGUGUACUCUAGCCUUUGGUUGUGUUUCAGAAAAGGUAUCCAUUUUUAUAUAUAUAUAAAAAGGGGUAGGGGGGGUUCGGGGUUGUUUGCGGAAAAUAUAUUGAUUAAAUGCAUAAGGUGUAGCUCAAAGCAAUCCACAAUCCUGAGUACAGUAGUAUCUAUUCUCCUAGUAAAAAUGUUCUAGGUUCUAAACGCUUUUUUUUUUUUUUUUUUUUUUUUUUUUAACCACCCCCUCCUCGGAAUGUACUCAACUAUAUUUGCUUGUUCCACACAGUGAAACACGUUUAGAUUAUUAUGCAUUUCGUGUCAUUUUGUCGUGUAUCUGCUGAGCCUGUUGGCAUGUUCAACAUGAAGACACUCAUUCUGUGAAUGUAAAGAACUGAGCUAUUUCUUUUAUACAUUUAGCUUUUAUUAUAAAGGCCACUGGGACCAUGAA